CAUACUACCGUACUAAUCAGUAUGAAGUAGUAGUACGCCGCCUAUAUGUGGGCAUACUAUCUAGUAGGGUAGUACGCGGUUUGGGACGCAGCCUGAAUGUUCCAUAUGAGGCCUGUGUGAACAAGUCAUGGAAAAUGGCGACUGCCGAGCCGGAGGUAAUAUUGAAUCCAUCGAAGAGUGAAGAGGAGAACUCAGAAGAGACGAGCCAGGAGAUUGUCAGCCCUGAGUGUUAUAUCAAACAUCCACUACAAAACAGAUGGACUUUAUGGUUCUUUAAAAAUGACAAGAGCAAAACAUGGCAAGCCAACUUGCGACUGAUUUCCAAAUUUGACACAGUAGAGGAUUUUUGGGCGCUUUAUAACCACAUUCAGCUGUCCAGUAAUUUGAUGUCUGGUUGUGACUAUUCGCUGUUCAAGGACGACAUUGAGCCCAUGUGGGAGGAUGAGAGAAAUAAGAAAGGAGGGCGCUGGCUCAUCACCCUCAACAAACAACAGAGGAAACUCGACCUGGACCGUUUUUGGCUGGAAACGAUGCUUUGCCUCAUAGGAGAAGCUUUUGAUGACUACAGUGAUGAUGUGUGCGGUGCUGUAGUCAACAUCCGAACAAAAGGAGAUAAAAUUGCUGUCUGGACAACCGAUUACGAGAACAAAGAAGCAAUAACGCACAUAGGGAGGGUCUAUAAGGAGCGGUUAGGAAUCCCUAUGAAGAUGACCAUUGGUUAUCAGUCUCAUGCUGACACAGCCACUAAGAGUGGCUCAACUACCAAGAACAAGUUCGUGGUCUGAAAUUCUGAGCCUGAUUUCUCUCUCUCUCUCUCUCUCUCUCUCUCUCUCUCUCUCUCUCUCUCUCUCUCUCUCUGUCUCUCUGUCUCUCUCUCUCUCUCUCUCUCUCUCUCUCUCUCUCUCUGUCUCUCUGUCUCUCUCUCUCUCUCUCUCUCUCUUUGUCUCUCCCCCUCUCUUUCUCAUGCACUUUGCCUUUCUGCCCUGAACCAAAGCUUCAAAUUAACAGGUUCUCACCCAGGUUCUGAGCCCCAACAGGAAUCUCUAACUCCCACAUACACCUUUAAGGAACUCACGUUACAAAGUUUGGUCAGCAUGUAAUACACGACUCAAAGUGUUAACUCAAACAUAUCAAAUCCAACUAAGCAAAAACAGCAAAGCAUUAUGAUGUAGCCUCAGAUCUUCAAUAUAUUGAUGGUCUCAUCAAAAAUGACUUGAACAAACUUGCCUAUUCAUUGUUAAACAGGACUCAGAGAUUGUAAAAUAUUUGCUGUGUUCCUUUUGAAACAAAUGUGUUGAAUUAUUUAAUGGCUGAGGAAAGGAAAUACCUGUGUUCCCUUAUCCAGCAGCUAAUGAACACACUUUUAAUUUAUUCAGAUUUUAUCUUAAAAUUUCAUGAAGGUGGUAUAAAGCCGCCCAUGUAAUCGAGCAAAUCUUCAAAAGGCUGCCUUAUUUCUUUCAGCAUUAACAUUAUUAAAUUUGGGGUUUUGCAAUUCA